AUGGGCUGCCCCCUCUUGCGGAACGCGUUCGCUGGUUUGAUCCUGGUGCUGCUGUCGAAAGGGUCCAGCGUGCACGCAGCAGAAUUCGGACACCUGCCGGACAACAUUACAGUGUUGGAAGGAGAAAGCGUCAUUUUGAGGUGUCGGAUCGACGAGGAGGUGACCCACAAGGCCUGGCUGAACCGAUCCAACAUCCUGUUCACAGGGACGGACAAGUGGUCGCUGGACAAGCGCGUGACGCUGGCCAACAGCAACAACAGCGACUUCUCCAUCCACAUCGACAAGGUGCAGGUGACCGACGAGGGGCCCUACACCUGCACCUUCCAGGCCAACAACAAGCCGCGCAUCGCCCACGUCUACCUCAUCGUUCAAGUGCCGGCCAGAAUCGUCAACAUCUCCAAAAACGUGUCGGUGAACGAGGGGGAGAAUGUGAACCUCUACUGUCUCGCGGUGGGUCGGCCUGAGCCCACCGUCACCUGGAAAGACCAGAAAUAUGGGCUGGUGAGUGAAGGGGAGUUCCUCGACAUCACAGAGAUUAAGAGGCAGCAGGCCGAGGACUAUGAAUGCAUCACCAACAAUGGAGUGGCUCCGCCUGAUCAGCGCAAGGUCAAGGUCACGGUCAACUACCCUCCCAUGAUCACAGACAUGAAAAACAUGCCGGCCCAUUUGGGUAAGACAGCCAUCCUGCGCUGUGAAGCCAUGGCGGUCCCACCAGCUUCCUUCGAGUGGUACAGAGACGACCACAGGCCGGUAGAGAGUGACAACACCCUGAGGAUCAAAAACGAGAAGACGCGCUCGCUGUUGCUCUUCACUAAUGUGACAGAGAAGCACUUUGGCAACUACACCUGCUUUGCCUCGAACCGUCUGGGGGCUUCCAACGCUAGCAUGCUGCUGUUUCGACCGGGGGCUAUACAGGGGCGAGGGACUGCUUUACAUGCAGGAAUGAGCGUCGGCCUGUCUGUCUGGGUUUCCCUCUCUGCGUUUUUCCUGCUGAAGGUGUAGACAUCCACCUGGAAUCGUCCCUGAACGCCCCCCACCCCGGAAGAAAAAAAAGCCCCGCCUUCCCACCCCCCUCCUCCCCUCUACGGAAAAGGAAGAAGGAAAUGAAAUUCUUUAAUUACGAACCCAUCACUGUGAACAAAAAUAAUAUGCAUUAAUCCAGGAGCCAUUGAAUCAUCACAUAAAACACACAACCGCAUCGUUCCCCUUCCACAACCUCAGCACCCUCAAUUCAAUUUCGAGGUCAAAUCAUCGUCAUUAUCUCUUCUUCUCUCUCUCAUACACACACACACACACACACAGUCUCUCUUUUCGUCUCCCAGAAUGCCUUGCAGAUUUGUCUGACUUGGUACUUCCCCCACUCCUCCUCUCCUCGUUUCCCCCUCAUCAUUAUCACCACUUGGCUGAUGUUGAUAGAGAGUGUAUAUUAAUGAUUAUUGUGCUGGUGAUCAAUGAGAAAAUAGAUAAUCUAACAACUGGACGAUCAUUUAUGUAAUAUACUACAUAGACUAAUGACUCACCUACAAUGUUUGCCUUAUGGAAAUGAUAAAGUCACAAUAUUAAGGUGGAUAUUUAUGGAAAUUAUAGUUAUGAUGUGGUACUGGUGGUCGUGUGACCUUUUGGAAAUUGUCUGAUUGGUGACCGUGUGAAGCGUCGCCCGUUGAUCACACACCCACACACACACACACACACACACACACACGUAUGGAUUUUUAAUUUUAACUGUGUAGCAGUGAAGCUGCUAUGAAUGAUGUCAAAAUGUAUUUAAAAAAAAAAAAGGGUGGGUGGUGAUGGCGUCGGUCUUAACUACCCCUUUAUGUAAUUUGGGGGGUUUAUACUGAGCUUUCGCAUGUGGACACCCUCACUACCCAAACCUUUUUCAGCCCCCCCUGCCCCUCUUCGCCCACCGUCCCUCUGUUCAAUGUGCUCUGUCUAGUCCCCCUCUCGCAUCGCUAUAGUGUUCUCUGCUCCGUGUCACCCCCCCACCCCCUCUACUCCCACCGUCUUCCUCCCCAGUGUAAAUAUAUGCAGUACAGAGGCUUCGCCAGGCGACCUCCAGUUGCCCAGCGCCGAACGACAUCCCCCACCAGCCUCGACUACGCUCCAGUUUUCUGAAGCAGCAAAGGGACUGUCCCGGUGACAAAACAAAAUCUUUCUGUUUCAAAGCUGCAGCUCCAUCCUCUUUGUCGCUUGUUGAUAGCAUGUACCGGUUAGAAAUGUUCCUGUCGUGAGUCCAUACCCCCUCCCCUCCCCUCGCCUCCCCUCCCCUCCCCUCCCCGCACUGUGUCUGUUUUACUCUGCAAGGUUACCUGCUUUUACUUUUUUGGUGUUAAUAAUAGUACAGAUGAUGAUGAUGUUAAUAAGUAUUUGAAUAACUAUGAAUAGUAAUUCCAUGUGAGAAAAAAAAAUGAACAAAAUCUGAUGGUAAUGAGCCGUGCGUGGGGAAAAUAAUUUUUGUACUUUACUCUGAGAAGUCACACACACAUUGAACAAUGGAAAAAAAAAAACAAACAAACAAAAAAAAAAAAAGAUGUAAAGUUUUUCGAAGUGAUGUGCUCUAUUUUGCCAUGACAAGCUUUUUAAAAAUGCAUUUGAAACAGUCUGAGGGAUUAUUUCAUCUGAGUCCAGAGGCAGUGAAUGAUGAUGUAAUUUAUAAUUUGUAACAGUUUAUGUAUUGGACUCUUUUUUUUUUUUCUCACGCUGUUAUCCACAUCACACACACACACACACACACACACACACACACAUUUACAGCAUAUUUGUCCACUUAUCAUAGUGUGUGUCUCCCUCCGACCAGCUAGAUAAAUGAUUUGGAUCCAUGUCAGUCUCUGGUCGUGGCCGUGAGUCGGUUCUUGUUCGGCCAGACCGCAGGGAGAUAAAGAUGUAAUUAGCCAUUACCUGUGGCUGGCUAAGUGAAGGAGCCCGGGCUCCACCUGUCCCUCCUGCCAGCUGGUGAUGGCCCCCAUAAAUCAAGCUCAAUCCUGCCACUGACAGGAAUCCUCUUCAAGGACAACCUUCGCCUUGGUGCGCCAGUGCUGCCUCCAAUGUGUACCUGUGACAUGCAGGCAUGGGCACUACAAAACCCCCAUGGCACAAUUAUCCAUCCAGUUCCCCUGCACAGCACAAACAGUGGGAGGUAAGCCCAUGUUUCAAUACGGUGGCACUCGUUUCUCCGCUGAAACACUGUUCCACUCACAUGCAGCGACUAUAUGCAAAUUUGCCAUAACGAGCCUGCACGGAGAGAUGAGUUUACCCCGGCUGAACCCUUGACUACUGCGACCUUAAAAGGGGAAUGACUCCGUAUUGAAUCAAGUGUCUGAAUGUGUUUUGUUUGAUUUUGUUCAAACCAGCAAUAACCCCUAACUCUACUGUGCAAGAGGUAUCAGAUAUGGUUAAAGCUGUGGUGUAAUAUCUGAAAAAUUUACCAUUAACAAGGUAUAUCAAAUAAGUCUGUUGUUGUACUUUUACUGUGUACAGUACUAUGAAAUGAUUGUGACGCUCUGUUUAAAUGGCCCUUACUCUAAAAACACUACAUGUUGUACUGAAAAAAAGUCUUGCCAUCCGCGGUGUAGUUGGGUUUUUUCUGUGUGACAGAACACACACACUGUUUGUGCAUGCAUCUCGUCGCUCCAGAAAUAAUGACGGAUUCCAUUUCAAGCACAAGAGCAGGUCGUUUGGUCAGUGCUUAUUUUUUCUCUUUCUCCAUCACAUUUCCAUCCUCUCAGCAUCUGUCUUUCAGAUUUUGGGGUUUUUUUUUAAUCUUUAUCUUUUCAGUUUCCCGCUCACAUCUUGUACGCCGUUCAAUGUCAGCGUCCCACUGGGUUUGUCAGUGGCAUAUAACAUCUGUAUGUACAUAAUCUGUCCUUGAUGAAGAAAAAGAACAAAAAAACAGAUGAAAACAUAAAAAAAAACAAAAAAAAAACAAAACACGGACAAAAAAAUAACACACUGUCAUGUUUCUCAAUGUGGGUUUGAAAAAAGCACGUCAAUGUUCGUGUAAGGGUGGAUUUUGAAAAAAGAAAAAAGAAAAAAAAAGAAAAAACA